UUUCACUACCAAGUAUCAACCCAACCUACUCUAUGUCUUAGUCUAGUCUCCUCUCCAGCUUUCUCCUGAUAUUGAAACAAGAAUUCCUCGGCUGGCGGGGUAAUCCAGCACUUGGUCGUCGACGUGCGCGCAUAUUGAUCUGCUCGGCCCGGAGGAGGCAGAUUAAUUCUGCUCGGUCUCUCUCGGUUUAGGCCAUUGAAGAUGGAUGAUCCUGAUGAUCUUGGGAGGGUGAUGGCUUUUCCUGUUACUGCUUCGCUGGGCCCUGCUGGUCCCCUCCUCCGGCAACUCCGCUCGCCGACCACUGUACAGAACGUGGUUAGCGAGGAUGAGAUUCAGAGGCUAAGAAAGGAGCUCGAUGGAUUAAGUGUCUCCCUCAUGCAUCAGUCGGAGGCGGAGGAACCUCUGAGCUUCACGGCCAAGUGCUGGAUGAGAGAGGUCCGGGAACUUUGCUACGACACCAAGAACUACAUGGAUGAUGAUGCCCUGCUCACGCCAGAAGAGAAGCAAGAAAAUGCCCAGUUCGAAUUCAAGAUGCUUGAGGCUCGAGCCAAGAAUGCAAAUGGGAGAAGGCAAAGGUACAAAAUCGAUCACAAAAGCAUCAACAAGCAGCCUAAACUUUUGUCCGUGGGACGAAUGCUUCCAGUUGUACAUCGGGAACUGAUGCGCGGACGAAUGGAUAAGCUUGCCGACAUGCUGCAUAAUGAAAAGGUGGACCGGCUCAAGGUUGUAUCUCUGGUUGGACUUGAGGGCACCGGCAAGACCACACUCGCGAGGAGUUUAUACCACCAGGUCCAGAGGAGUGGGCAGUUCGAGUGCGGGGCAUUUGUGCGGGUGUCUCCCAACCCGGACAUGAGGAGGCUUCUAACCACCAUUUUCACACAGAUUCAGUUGCCAUAUUCAGUUUGUGAGGGUGUCUCUCAGCCUGCUUGCUGCUUGGAUGCGCAGUCCCUCAUCGCAAAUAUCAAACAUUAUCUGCAACACAAAAGGUACUUCAUCAUACUUGAUGAUUUAUGGAGUAUUUCGGUAUGGGAUAUUAUUAGGCGUGCUUUUCCUGAUGUUGGUUGUCACAGCACAAUAAUCACAACCACCCAAAUUCAGGAUGUAGCAUCGGCAUGCUGUAGUUAUCAGUCCAAGUACAUAAUUAAGAUGGAACCUCUUGAGGAUUAUCAAUCACGAAAAUUAUUCUUCAGUGUGGUUUUUGGCUCUGAAGAUGCAGUCAGUUUUCCUGGGGAUUUCGAAGAAGUUCAAUCCGAGAUUAUCGAGAAAUGUGGUGGUUUACCGUUAUCAAUUGUAAAUAUAGCUAGCAUGUUGCCAGAGCCAAGCAAACGAAACCUCCAGGAAUUGAUGGGCAUUCGAGAUUCUUUGCCUUCUACUCUGAGGGCAAAUCCUACUUCCGAAGGGAUAAAACAAGUUGUUAAGCUUAUCUACAAUAAUCUUUCCCCUGAACUGAAGACAUGCUUGCUGUACCUUGUUGUGAAUCCAGAGGGCUACACGGUCAGUAAGGAUGACUUGGUGAAACAAUGGGUAAUUGAAGGUUUUAUACGGGAAGGACAAAACAAAGAGGAAAUUGCUGGGGGAUAUUUUGAUGAGCUUGUCAGGAGAGGCAUGGUCCAAGCUGUAGACAUUGAUUACCGAGGGGUGCAGUCAUGUACACUUCAACACAUGGUGCACGAUCUUAUUGUGACGAAAUCCAUUGAGGAAAAUUUCGUCUGUAUCGUGGACUGUUUUCAAUCAGGUAUAAAUCUUCCUGAGAAAGUUCGCCGUCUGUCUGUCCACUUUGGUGGUGCAAGGAGUGCACGUAUACCCACGGGAAUCAUGGUGUCUGAAGUUCGAUCACUUGCAUUUUUUGGAUUCUAUGGAUGCAUGGAUUUCAUCAAGGAGUGCGAGCUUCUUCGAGUUUUAGUUCUCCACGUUUGGGCUGAUGACGAUAAGGAUACUUUUCGCCUCUUCAGAAUUAAAAAAUUACUUCCACUGAGAUACCUCAAGAUCGCAUGUAAUAUUGCCGUCAAACUUCCAAGGGAAAUUCAAUGGCUACAAUAUUUGGAAAUACUGGAAGUGGAUGCAACAAUAGUUGCUAUUCCAUGGGGUAUAGAUAGACUUACCAGACUCUCCAGUCUAAAAAUUGCAGUUAGAGAGCUAUCGAGGAAAGAUAUUCUCAUCCUCCAAAAAUUGGGUGCCCUAACUUCUCUUUCAGUGGACCUGAAGAUAGCACCCACAGAAUGGGUCGUCUUUGGCAAGAGAGGAUUCUUAGUCCUCAAUUUCUUCACGUUCAGGUGCAAUGCACCACGUCUCUUAAUUAAAGAGAGUGCAAUGCCUAAAAUUGAGAAGCUCAGUCUAUGUAUUAAUGCCCCCACAGCACGUCAAUAUGGUAAGAAGCCUAUCAUCAUCGAGCACUUGGCAAGCCUUAAAGAGAUCACUUUGAAAUUUCGGGGUGCAGUUGCUGACAAGGGUUCUGCCUUGACGAAUGCUGUUACCAACGAUGCAAGAAAUCCUAUUCCUUUUGUGGAAUCAAGUCAAGACAAUGAAAGACAUACCAGUGGUGGGCAGAAUAUGGCAGUUGGUAUAGAAGUGCACAUGAUCUUCGACCUCAACAAUUGUGAUUAUGCUGAACUCAUCCGCCUCAUUAUUGCUGAACAUGUCCAAGGGCAUCCUCCUGUUCUAGGCAAGCAACUGUUCCCUAAAGAGCCAAAGAGGUGGAUGCACAUCAAGCUGGUGGCCGGCAUGAAUGAAACAACCCUUGCUGUUCGGGAUGGCAAUCUCAACCUUGUUGGCUUCCAGGCCAAUAACGGGAGGUGGUACGAGUUGGGAUUCACAGGGAGGAGCACGCGGAUGCUUCCAGCAUCGACCUUUUUGGAGUGUGACUUUGACUAUACAGACUUGCUACUGGUAGACCAUGACGAUCCGAAAGAAAGAAACAGACUAGUCAGGGAAGAAAUGGCAAAGCUCGAGCUAUGCAGAAGAUCAGCGAUCGCAGCCGUGAGUCUUCUAUCGGGCUACAAUAAUAAAAUGGAAGGUGCAGCGGCUGACCGAGACACCAGGCGGGCACUGGUGAGCCUAAUGCUCAUGUUGUGCGAGGCAACGAGGAUGACCCCAUUCUUCGACACCGUGCUGGCUAGCUGGAGCAACAUGGAAGGACGGAAUAGCCGUAUCAGAAAGGAAGAUGCAUUGUACAUCUGGUACUGGAGAAAAAUGUCGGCCGCACUGCUGGAGUGGGAAGCAACAGGUUGUAAAAGUUGGGGACCCAAUGAAACUACCACAAUGCUGUCCAAGGAAAUCAAUGUCAAAUCCGGACAAGAGGCACUCUCUGUGGUUCAGGUGCUUCUCAACACACCUGUCGCCGCCAACAACACCAUUACCAGAGGAGCAGGCCGACCUCUUGUGGAAGUGUUUGCCGUGCGCGCUGGCUCCGGUGUCGUCGUUGACACCAUCUCUGUUUUUGAUGGCAGACGCGGCCAGACCAUCUACAGCCACCAUGCUAGUCCCACUCACAUCUACGGAUUUCCGUCUCCGCCUACGUCUCCGUCUCAGUCUCAGUCUCAGUCUCAGGGUACGAUGGAAUUGGCACUACUGACUCUUACUGGACCAUACAGAGGCAUCUCAGCUGAUGGGAGCUUUGCUAUCCAAGUCGACGGCAUCUCCAACGAACCUGCUAGUAAAGUCAGUGCUGACAUGUUCUGGGAUUGCUACUCCCACGACAAAGCCGUGUACAACAAGGUCUUGACCAACCGCAUCACCACAGAGAAAGGCCAACUCGCAGAGGUGACCUAUGCGGUGCUCAGUGACGCCGUGGAGGUCGCCGUCCAAAUAAAAGUGGCUGCCGAUGACACGGCCGGCUUUUACGGUGAAAUCACGGCGCACAACCAGCACUACGGCGGCAACAGCGUGCUGCUCUUCAGCCGUACAGAAUGGGAGGCAAAGGAGCUUGGCUAUGCACAAGAGGAGGAGAAAAGGAGGAGACGCGGUGAAGAGGAUGUCUGGGCACAAGGGGGGGCAUGGGAGGAGAUUCACCAUGCACGAGAGAUGGCAAGGAAGAGACGUUACAUACAACAAGGUAUAGAUGUUGUCUAUACCUUGGUUCCACUUGCGCGGUCGAUGGUUGCGGUGCCAUUUGGCUCGCCGCUUGAGAUAAGGGUCAAUUUAAGGCAUCGGUGGGAAAAUGAACCUUUGAAGGAGGAUAUGGAUUUUUCUCUGAUAGAUCAGCAUGUCGGCGAGAUCGAGAGGCAUGGUGUGGUGGUCCAAGUCACAUCGCUGGACCUCUGCCCUCUCCCGGAACAAAGUCACAUCGCCGUACUGCCUGCGCUGCCCACGACCCAAGUUCCAGGGUUGACAAGUACAAGGACAGAUGCAGGAAUGUCCACGGAGCAGCCUGAACGUGUGUAUAUGGAUUUCAACUGUGGUAGUGGUGAUUACGCUGCGUUCAUGGACGACUUGUGUGAAAAGCUUGCAGACCACCCAGGCAAAGUUGACGUCCAUGGGCGGCCUGUCCUUGCCAGGCAGCGGCGUGGUAAGCCAGCGAGGUUGUUUAUGAUCACGCUAGUGGGCGACAAAUGUUCUGAAAGGGUGACUCUAGCCGUUCGGGAUGACAACCUGUUACUCGCUUGCUUCAAGAAUCAGUACGGUGGCUGGUACUAUUUCCGCUCCAUUUAUUGGCUUGAAGAGUCCACAGUCUCAUUAGGUUCCGACGGUAGCUAUCAGCACUUGUUGGGUGAAGCUGAAGACCGUUGGCGAAAGCUGGAGCUGGGCAGGGAGUCCGCGAUGGAUGCCGUCCGAAAGCUCUCAGAGUACAAGGACCAAAAUGAAGUUCCCGAAGACACCAAGCGUGGAUUGGCUCGCCUGAUGGUCAUGAUAUGUGAGGCCGCACGGUUCACAGAAAUCUACGACACGAUAAAGAAAGGAUGGGACAGUGGAUGCUCCAUCACCGAGCGGCAGAUACAGUACAGAGAUAAUUGGGACAAUAUAUCUCGCUUUCUGCUUGGCAGGAGAAGGAGAGUGAGAAACAUCGGUUUGGACAGGGAAGAAGACGCAGCAGCUCUAGUGAAAAUGGUGCUUAACCCUUUCCAUCCCCUUGUGGAGGUGAUUUACGUCCGUGCUUACCCUAGUUUCAGUGGCACCAUCUCCGCUGUGGACGAGAAAGGCAGCAAAGUCAUCAUUUACAACAAGGACCAUGAUGCUCCUUCGUCUCAGGCUCAGGAUCAGGAUCAGUGUAUUAUCGAUUUUCGUGGUGAAAAAAAGGAAGAGGAGGAUUUGCCACCCACUGCAACUUAUAGACCCGUUUCAGCUGACGGGGAGGUCCACAUCCAAGUCCAUUGCGUCCCAACCGCACAUAGCCCCCGUCUCACCUUGGUAUGGGAUGGUCAUCCCGACGAAAGAGCUGCGGACGAGUACCAUUACAAUAACCUCAGGAGACACAGGGUCACCAUAGCCGGCUCCAGCGCAGAGUUAAUCUACGCGGUGCUCCGCAAUGCCGUGGAGGCCACCGUGAAGGUCCAGCUGAAUAUCAAGGAACACGUAGAAGCUGGCACCGUCGCUGGCAUCUACGGUGAAAUCAGAGCGACCAACUGGUACUACUGGGGCAAAAGCAUCCUGCUCUUCAGCCAUCCGAUGGAGGAGGCAGUAAAACCCGAGGUCAAUGCCUCGGACGCUGCCGUUUCAAUUCCACUCAAGUUAAUGAGGGAUUUCAUUGCGGCGUCGCUCGAGCGCGUCCUUGAGAUUAACGUCAGUCUGCGUGCUGUGUGUUCCAGCUAUGAGGAACCCAUAUGCUUCGACCAAGAACUCCGUUUCGACCCCAAUAUGGGUACUGAGCAAACAAUGAAGAUCGAUGCACCCACUAUGGAGGCUCAAGUGACGUUCACCACCAGCGGGUAGACCAAGUUGCAAACGCGCGAGGUAUGCGGGGAACGGCCGGCCAUGUAAAAUUACAUACCUAUAUAUGAACCUACUUUAAAUUCGAUGUACCCAAUGGCUUCUUUUUUUACACGUCGAACGGCGCCAUUACAGCAUUGGCUAGGGAAGAGCAGCAAUUCGAUCAACCGACCAAGCGCGCGAGUGCAGCACAAUUCGGGUGACAAAUAAAUAAACCGAUAUUUUAUUUCUUU